AUGUUGUUCUGUCCCAAAAACGUGCAGAAAGCCAGCGAUAGUAUAUACAAGGUGUUGUCUUAUGGUCAAGCCUUUAUAGUGGAUAUAGUCGCCAAGACCUGCUCAUGUCAUCGAUUUCAGAUUGACGAAAUCCCUUGUGCGCAUGCGUAUAUAUACACAGGGAGGUUGGUUGCCGGUAUCUCGGAAGACAACAAGUGCGGUGCUAACUGGUUCAACAUUUUCACUAAUCUUUCCACCAUCUACAUUUCUUUGAUCCGCACCUACUUCAGACUGAUACAACAUUAUCUACCUCAACUAGAAACUGAGUGUUGA